GUCGCCUCGUACAUUGCAUGGUUCAUUUCGAUCAACACAGAUUCCGUUGCCUUCCAUCUUCUCUCUAAUUAUGAGGUUCGCCUUUAGAUCAAUCGCGCUGAUCGUUGGACUCGCAGGAGCAACAUCUGCUUUGGUUACCAAUGUUGAGCACGAUGAUAGUGAUGCCACUCAAGGACAAACCAGCAAGAAGGACAUCUCAAAUGUUGAUCCGGAGAUCGGCCAUGCAGUCGGCUUUGAGAAAAGAGGCGUCAGAGAAAAGUGCUCUAUCCGUGGGUAUCUGGCUGCCAUCCCACUCGUUGAAACUCCAGAAACAGAAGACUCCGAAGAAGAAUCAGUACCGAGACGAGAUGUUCACGGCAAUAAUGUCACAAUAUCUACACAAAGUCUGAAUCCACGCCAAAUGUCACUCCCAGUCAAGAACUGGGUUAUGUUCUACAAACGAGAAUUGGCAAAAGACAACUAUCAACCUAUUAUAUGGGACAUCCCCUCGACACAGAGCGACUUCAACACUGCCGUCUUCGAAGAUAUAGGCGGCGAUACAGCCAAGAGCUUGGGCCUCAACGGUCUUUCUGGCUGCAGUGCUCUAAUCAUAGCCAGUCGGUCAGGAGUCUACAUCGCCCACUAUUUCGAAAGUCUCUCCUUUUCUCCAGACCCAGAGUGGAUCAAAGAGUAUGGAAGCGAAGACGCAUGCUUUGAGGCAACUGUUGUUCGCGGAUUGAAAGAGGGUAUUCCAGGAAGAGGACGUAUUAAAAAACCGCAGCAAGUCUCUCUGGCUGCCAAUGCAGAAAAGCUCCGAAGCGGUGCUGGUCUACGAGCGUAUUUGAUCGGGCCACGGCUUGAUUAUAACGACAACCCAAACACUUAUAAGCCCAAGUUUAGCAUGAUCAAGAAAGUAGUCGGAGAAAUUAUACCGGAGCUCAAACCACGCGGCGGUCGUUGGACUGACAUUCGAUAUGAUGCUCUAGAUGGGCAAUCCAAGGAACUCCGGACAACGCCUGCUGGGAAAUUUCUUUUCAAGUAUGAUCCAGAUCACGGAAGAAAGGACGCGAAGAAGAAGAAGGCGGCUUUGUGGGUUGAAGGAAGCCUGGAUCUUCACAAGGACGAAUGGACUUGAAAUCAAAUUGUCCUGCUUUUCGUUAAUUGAACCUGACUGUCUGUCUGAAGUUUUGAGAAUCUAAAAGUUUGGAAGUGUGUAGUAUUGCAGAGGUGCUGGGAUAUGAAGUUGUGGAGUUUACUUUCGGUCCGAGUUAUGGUCCUAUCAGUACCAGGUAUUCUGGGACAUUCAAUGUUUUUCAUUUCUGACCUGAUAAAGUUCAUAUGUGAUCUGGAACCACCCACAGUAUUUGGCG